AUGGAGCAGCGGCAGCACAGCGGCGUGCCCCCCUCCGUGUUGGCGGGCGGCGAAACGAGCCGGAGCUCGCACCGAUACCGAACGUUCAUGAUGGACGAGAUUCUAUCGUGCACGGCCAAGAGCGCCGGCCCCCCGCGCGCCGCGGAGCUGGGGACGCGGGCGGCCUACUCCUCAUGCCCCUUCGUCUGCCCGGCGCCGUCAGCCGCAGGCGUCUUCCCGCGACCCCUCCUCGCCUCCUACAAGUUCUCCACGUUUCACGGAGCGGCCGCGUGCCCGCUGCUGUCGUCGUCGGCGAGCGGCGCUCCGACUUUUCUGGGGGGGCCCCUGGUGGUCGGGACCCCCUUCCCGGGGGAGCUGAGGCCCCGGGCGGACGCCGCCGCCACGGGAAUUCGCAGCAAGCGGUGCCGGAGGAGCCGCACGGUGUUCAGCGAGCUGCAGCUGCUGGGACUCGAGAGGAAAUUCGAGAAGCAGAAAUACCUGUCGACGCCGGACAGGAUGGACCUGGCGGACAGCCUGGGACUGAGUCAGCUGCAAGUCAAGACCUGGUACCAGAACCGGCGCAUGAAGUGGAAAAAGACGGUGCUGGAAGGCGGCGUGACAGACCCGCCGACGAAGCCCAAGGGCCGCCCCAGGAAGUGCUCCCACCCCGAGGAGCGGCGAGCCGCACAGUCCCCCCCGCGGGAUCAACCUUCCGUCGAAGCGGACCUAGGGGAGGGCCAGGGGGAGGGGGAAGUGGAAGGAAGCAGCCGCCGGGGCCCCCUGGGAGGAGAAGAGCCGAGCCCUCCCGGAGAAGGCGACUCCGACUGA